AUGCUCGCUGCCCACACUAGCCCCAUGGAAUCCAGGGCCAAAGAUGACAAAGAAAAACAGCUUGGAGAGCUUCUCCAAGAAGAGCAAGAGCCUUUUGUUCUUGAAGUGUAUCUGUCCGAGAGAUGGUAUGCGAACAGGAGUGAAUCUUUGAGGAGGUCGAGCAGCGGUGGUCGACCUCCGACGAGUCGAAAGAGCAUUGUUCGUCUUUCGAAGUUGCUGAGAACUCUCUACAACAAGGUUGCUUCUUUCAAUGAGAAGCACAGACUGAAGAAAGGGGGAAGAGGUGAAGAGACUGGUGUUGCUGGUCAUACUACUAAACAGGAAGCCGCUGAAGCCAGUAGAUAUUCCUUGUCCAGCGACGUGACAACCUACUUUUGUUGCUCUGAGAGCGAUAAAGAAGAAAACCCAACUUCUUCAGAAAGCAAACAUGCAUCAUUCGAUCCAAUCCGUCUUCAGAAUUUGAACAACGCGAAAAUUGUACAGGGUGUAAAGGAUUCAACGAUCCAAUGGAGCAUAGAGAAGGACAAGGAGCAGUUCAACCAUGUCUCGGUGACAAAGCAAGUGAAUUACCUCGAGCCUCUUCAUGAUUGGCAGCAGGAUUUGCAGCAUUCUCCUGCAAGUCAAGAGGCCAAUGCGCCAACUUGCAAAGUUGUCCUGCCAAUGACGGUGACUGAAGACUCCAUUUUCUCUGCUUCUAUCCUGGACAUACUAUUCCACUGCUUAAAAGACAAGCAAGACUUCACUAGAACAGAAGAAGCAAGCCAGGCCUCGGACUCGAGUGCUUCAUACAGGUACUUGAGCUCGAAAAUGACAUUGCAGCUGACAAAGCUGCUUCUGUUUGAUUGUGUGAAGGAGAUCGUAGAGACCCAUAAGCGAAAGGAGAAGGCGAAGCAACGCAACCCAGUCACCUUGGGGCCCGAGGAGAUCGGGAAGCUCUUAUGUGACAAGAUCGUGGCAUGGGGUAGAAUGUCCAGGGACGAAAUGAGCAUGACCGAGCUGUUCUAUUCAGAUUACGUAGAUACUGUAGAAGAAUGGGAAAAUUGUGUGCCAACAAAGACGCAAAUAAGUUCGGAAGUUGGAGAUGCCAUCAUAGAAGAGAUCACAAACGAAAUUGUCCUAGACAUGGUUGAUCUUCAAUUUCAAAGGAUGUGAUUACUUGCGACAGCUAACUAUUAUAGAUCCUCACACGUUUGUUUA